AUGUCGGACAAGUUUCGCCUUCACCCCGAGCCGGGAACAGAGCGCACGGCUAUCUUCAACCCCAUUCGUGCCGUCUACAAGACGGUCCGAGAUGGAGGCUUCGGUUCGGCUCUGCUCAUUCCGCACAUUGUCCUCCCCAUCUACGGUAUCUACGUGAUCUCCCACCGAUCUAGCUACUGGUCUCCCGAAUACGAAAAGGGCCUUGCCUUUGCCAUCGCCUUAAUCCAAGGCGUCUCCUUUGGCACUGCCAUCGCGCUUUCGCUCGUCCGCUACAGCCCCGCAGGCAAAGCCAUCAAGGGUCGACGCAUCGAAAAGACGGCCACCCGCGAAGAGGCCUCGAAACAGUACCGUCUCGAGGUCACGCUCCGUCUCGCCGCGUACCUCUUCCUUGGUACCAUCCUGUGGGAGUAUCUCGUUCACUCCAAGUACUCGCCCGUAGCCAGUAAAGAGGCGCGCCAGACCACCUCUGGCUUCCUGACCGCGACCGGCGCGCUGCGCAGAUUCUUGAACGAAGAGAGCCUCAUGCAUGAGGCUGGCGAGGGGCGCGCGGGUGUCGCAGGCGUGGGCCUCAACUUUGACGUCAAGGAAAACAUCAAGAACCUUCGUGACGCUAUCGAAAAGGGUCCCCGCAUCAGGGUGCCCAUCCCUGCACCUAAGAAGAGCAUCUUCUUCGAGAAGAUCGAGGAGACCCGCGAGAGGCUCCUUAACGGACGCGACCCCGGUCUCGACAUUAAGUGGAACUUUUGGAAGUGA